UGUGGGAGGGAGGCGGUGGCGCGGGAGGAGGAGGGCGCAGCGGCUGAGCUUCUAGCUCGGCUCGGACGCGCUGCUGUCCAGAGAUUCCGGCAGCUGCAGCCGCGCGCGGCGCGCGUCCCCAAACUUCAGCUGCAGCCACAUUUCAGGCCGCCUCAUUUCUUCCUCACCAAAUCCGCAACGGCGCGGCGAUCCGGUGAAGAAGCCCGCGGAGGAGUCAAACCACAGCAGGCAUAGAAGAGCCCUGAAGAGCAGCCUCCCCCGAGCACCAACUCGGCUCCGAGAGCGACCAAACCAACAAGUGAGAAGGCGCCGAGUUCUCGGGGCGCAGCCGCAGCCGGCGGGAGCAGACGGGCGCUGAAGGAGCCAGCAAGAGACCUCGAGUUCGGAUCCCGAGUCUGCGAGCUCCCCCCCAAAGUCCGCAGCCCCCCGAGUCGAGGUCGCUGCGGCUUGUGCGCUCCUGAUCUGUGUGCGCGGGCUGCGCCGGGCGCCGGCUGGAAGGCUGCGUUUUCGCCCACUUGGCAAGCGAGGGCUGGGCGCUGCGGGUCUCCGGGGAAUAUGCGGCGCGUGUGGAUCCUGCUCACCUUGGGCUUGGUGGCCUGCGUGUCUGCGGAGUCGAAAGCAGAGCUGACUUCUGAUAAAGACAUGUACCUUGACAACAGCUCCAUUGAAGAAGCUUCAGGAGUAUAUCCUAUUGAUGAUGAUGACUAUGCUUCCGCAUCAGGCUCCGGAGCUGAGGAUGACACGGAAGUAACAGAGCUGACAACAUCUAGACCAGUUCCAAAGAUCCCACUCACAAGUACUGCCCCCAAAUUGGAAACCACGACGCUGAAAAUGCAGAACAAGUUCCCUGCUCAAACAAAGUCACCUGAAGAAAUUGAUAAGGAGAAGAUUCCUGACUCAGAGAGGAAAAUGGACCCUGCUGAGGAGGAUACAAAUGUUUAUACUGAGAAGCACUCAGACAAUCUGUUUAAACGAACAGAAGUCCUGGCAGCUGUCAUUGCUGGUGGAGUUAUCGGCUUCCUUUUUGCAAUUUUCCUUAUCCUGUUGUUGGUGUACCGCAUGAGAAAGAAGGACGAAGGAAGCUAUGACCUUGGAGAACGCAAACCGUCUAGUGCUGCUUAUCAGAAGGCACCUACUAAGGAGUUUUAUGCGUGAAACUCCCCACUUAGUGUCUCUAUUUAUGAGAUCACUGAACUUAAAAAAAAAACAAAUAAAUAAAGCUUUGCAUAGAAUAAUGAA